AUGGGUCCCGUCAAGAACAAGUACUCGGUCAUCCUGCCGACCUACAACGAGCGGAAGAACCUCCCUAUUAUCUGCUGGUUGAUCGAGAAGACAUUCCGUGAGAACAACCUCGACUGGGAAGUCGUGAUCGUCGACGACGGAUCCCCCGACGGCACGCUCGAAGUCGCCAAACAACUCCAGAAGCUCUGGGGCCCGGAACACGUGAACCUGAAGCCCCGGGAAGGCAAGCUAGGACUGGGAACGGCGUACGUGCACGGCCUGCAGUACGCGACGGGCAACUACGUGAUCAUCAUGGACGCGGACUUCAGCCACCACCCGAAGUUCAUCCCGACGAUGAUCGCCAUCCAGAAGGAGACCGACGCCGAUAUCGUCACGGGCACCCGCUACGCCAGCCGCGGCGACGUUAAGGGCGGAGUCUACGGCUGGGACCUCUUCCGCAAGUUCACGUCGCGCACGGCGAACCUGAUCGCCGACGUUAUGCUGAUGCCGGGCGUCAGUGACCUGACGGGCAGUUUCCGGCUGUAUAAGAAGAGUGUGCUCGAGAAGGUUAUCUCGAGUACUCAGAGCAAGGGGUAUAGUUUCCAGAUGGAGAUGAUGGUGCGCGCGAAGGCGAUGGGGUUCAAGGUCGCGGAGUGUCCGAUUACGUUUGUGGAUCGGUUGUAUGGGGAGAGUAAGCUGGGCGGGAGUGAGAUUGUGGAGUACCUGAAGGGUGUGUUGACUUUGUGGCUGAAGGUUUGA